GCCAAACCCCGGACACCCGGAGAUAAAAGGACUCGGUGGAGGCUCCAGGACACUGACCCCGACACAAACAACACACGAGCCGCGCACAGAGCCGCAGAGAGCCACAGAGAGCCGCAGAGAGCCGCAGAGAGCCGCAGAGCCAGAGGAGACCCCGAGGACCAGACCCCGAGGAGCCCCAGACCCGGAGCCCCAGAACCAGAGGAACAGUGUGCGCCUCUCAGGCCUGACUCCGCCCUCUCUCAGCCUGACUCCGCCCUCUCUCUUGUCUCCACAGCCUGACUCCGCCCCCUCUCAGCCUGACUCCGCCCCCUCUCUCUCGUGUCCACAGCCUGACUCCGCCCCCUCUCAGCCUGACUCCGCCCUCUCCUCAGUAUGAGUUGGAGCUUCCUCACUCGUCUCCUGGAUGAGAUCUCAAACCACUCGACGUUCGUGGGUAAGAUCUGGCUGACGCUGCUCAUCGUGUUCCGGAUCGUUCUGACGGCGGUGGGCGGAGAGUCCAUUUACUACGAUGAGCAGAGCAAGUUCACCUGUAACACGCACCAGCCGGGGUGUGAGAACGUGUGCUACGACGCCUUCGCCCCGCUGUCACACGUGCGCUUCUGGGCCUUUCAGGUGAUCAUGAUAACCACGCCCACCAUCAUGUACCUGGGCUUCGCCAUGCACAAAAUCGCCCGGAUGGACGACGAUGACUACAAGCCCAAAGCGAGGAAGAGGAUGCCGAUGGUGAGCCGAGGAGCGAACCGCGACUACGAAGAGGCCGAGGACAACGGCGAAGAGGACCCCAUGAUCCUCGAGGAGAUCGAGCCCGAGAAGGAGGUCAAGGAGAAGCCGAGCAAAAAGCACGACGGACGCCGCAGGAUCAAACGUGACGGUCUGAUGCGCGUGUACGUGCUCCACCUGUUGGCGCGCGGCGUCUUCGAGUCGUCCUUCCUGUUUGGGCAGUAUAUCCUGUACGGCCUGGAGGUGGCGCCGUCGUACGUGUGCACGCGCUCGCCGUGCCCGCACACGGUGGACUGCUUCGUGUCGCGCCCGACGGAAAAGACCAUCUUCCUGCUGAUCAUGUACGCCGUGAGCGCCCUCUGCCUGCUGUUCACGCUCCUGGAGAUCCUGCACCUCGGCUUCAGCGGCGUGCGCGACUGUCUCUGCGCGCCGCGCCCCCGACGCCACGACUCCAGCCAACGCUCCUCGCUCUGCCGCCAGCCGUCCGCGCCGCCCGGGUACAACACCGCCACCAAGAAGGGCGGAGCCGGCGGCAAGAUGGCGUUCAGGGAUAACUUGGUGGACUCCGGCCGUGAGUCUUUUGGAGAUGAAUCUUCCGGUCGGGAGUUGGAGCGUUUGAGGCGACACCUGAAGCUCGCGCAGCAGCAUCUGGACCUGGCGUACGCCAACGAGGAGCCGAGCCCGACGAGGAGCAGCAGUCCAGAGUCCAACACCACGGCGGUGGAGCAGAACCGGCUGAACUACGCCCAAGAGAAACAGACGGCCAACGCAGACAAGAGUCUGCACGCGUAGCCCCCCUGACCCUCCCCUUUAAGACUUUUGGACAGAGUCCCCUCGUCUGCCUGAAGGACCCACAGGCAUCUCUCAGGGCAGCUAAACCUUUAAACUGUAAAACAUGUGAGGAGGUCUGAACGACGGAGUUUUUACAUUUUUAUUAUUUUUAUUUUAUUUUUAAGCUGUAGAUUUAAACGGAGGUACUGGACCGACCGCGCCGCUGUCCACGCUCAAGGCACAUGUGUGAACUUUGACCUCUGCAAAAGAAAUGAACCCUUUGUCCUACGCCGUCCCAGUGAAAGCUUUUUACUUUGAUCCACAUUUAAAUGUCACCGGACCAGUGCAGAGAUUAACUCUGAUGCCCCGGACCGCGAUGAAAUGCUUUUGUUUCCAUAACGUCUCGUCUGAAGCCGUCCGCUCUUCAAACUGUCGACCCGACGUCCGCGCUGGUCCAACCGUGUGAGAUUUGGACCGAACGAUUGUGACGCCCAAACUUAGACUAAACGAUGCUUUUUUUUAUAAUCUCCUCAGAUUUGUGAAAGUGAGAGGUCACAUGAUCAGUCUGUCCCAUAAACUCACGGAAAUUAGACCAAAUCCUCAUUUACGUCCCCGUUUGUCCUUUUGCGCGGACGUCCCUGUUUGUCCUUUUGCGUGGACGUCCCCGUUUGUCCUUUUGCGCGGACGUCCCCGUUUGUCCUUUUGCGCGGACGUCCCCGUUUGUCCUUUUGCGUGGACAGCCGUGUGUUAAAUGUUUCAAACUGUAGAUUGUGGCUCUGACUCGAGUCUUUGUGCAACAGAACCUGGAAGAAGCUUGAACCCGAAACGCUUUAAUUAGUUUCAUCUCAUUUUUACUUUGGUACUUUUUGAUACUUUUGUACUUUUUGAUACUUUUAUACUUUUUGAUACUUUUAUACUUUUUGAUACUUUUUAUACCAUGAGUUUUUGUAUCUGUUUUUAAUAAACUUUCAGCAAAUGUU